AUGACGACCGUCAAACCUGAUCAAACUAGUUUAAUAGAUAAUCCGGAUGAAAUGGAAGCAAAUGAGGAACAAGAAGAGGAAGACGAUUUGGGGUCCACAUCAUCGGAUGAAGGUGAGAUGGAUGAUAAAAAUGGAAUUGUUAAUGAUGAACAACAGGAAGCUGAAUUAGAAAAAAUGAAAACAAGCAUCACUGAAAAUCCAUAUAAUUAUCAAUCAUAUUUAGAUUAUAUCGCAUUAUCAAAAAAAUACAAUAGUUUAGAUCAUAUUCGCUAUAGUCGUCAACAAAUGUCCGAUUUAUUUCCAUUAACUGAACAGUUAUGGUUAGAUUGGUUAAAAGAUGAAGAAGACUUAUUAAAAUCAUCGAUAGAUAUUGAAGGUGAUCGUCUCAAAUUAGUUCAGCUGUAUGAAAAAGCCAUCAAUGAUUAUUUAUCUAUUCGUAUAUGGCUACAAUAUUUACAAUUCAGUAUUGGUGAAAUGACCCGAAAACCUGAUGGUAUUGAUGCUAUUCGUAAUUUAUUUGAACGUUCAUUAAUUCCUGGUGGUUUACAUGUUCGAGACGGUAUACUCCUGUGGCAAGCUUAUUUAGAAGUUGAACAAGCAAUUCUCAUGGGUAUUGAAGUGAGUUUAACUGAACAACAAGAUACAAUAAAUAUUAAUUCUGAUUUAAACGAAAAAUUAAGUAAACAAGUUUUACAUGUAUUAAAUUUAUAUCGUCGUCAAUUGGGAUUACCAUUGAGACAUAUGUCAAAAACAUACGAUGAAUACAAUGAAUUUUGUCAGCAAUAUAAACUUUAUUUACCUCAUAAUUAUCAUUUAGAAUAUGAUUUAAAUUUGAAACAUGAUUAUGAUCAAGGUAUGAAACAAUUAGAAGAACGAGAAGUUUAUGAAGAACAGUUAAUAAGUGUAAAUGAUUAUGAAAAAUAUAUACAAUUUGAAUUAGGACAAAAAAAUUCAUCUCCAGCAAGAAUACAAUGUCUAUAUGAAAGAGCAAUUGUUGAUCAUUGUCUGAAUGGUGAUUUGUGGCUUCAUUAUCUUGAUUAUGUUGAUGAAAAUUUGAAAUCAAAAGAAUUUAGUGAAAAGUUAUUUGAACGUUCAUUACGAAAUUGUCCAUGGAUAAUUAAAUUAUGGAUAAAACAUGCACAAGCACUUGAGUUUUAUAACUAUGAGCAUGUAAAAAUAAAAUCUGUUUAUAAUCGUGCAUUUAAUAUGGGUUUACAAAACAUUCAUGAUUUCGUUGAAUUGUAUCUGUCAUUUAUACAUUAUCUUAGAAGACAAUAUCAAAAACAACAGCAACAACAUCAAAAUACUAUAAACAAUGGUAAUAAACAAGACGAACAACUUGUCGAUGAACUUCGUCAAAUAUGCGAAUCGGCUAGUGAUCAAUAUGAUGAACAUUUUUCACAAGAUGAAUCGUAUUUGUUUUAUAACUGUAAAUUCGAUAAAUAUUGGGCAUUUCUCGAAUGUAAAUAUUUUCAUCAAUUAGAUCAAGCACGAAAAAUAUGGAAUGAUCGAAUUUUACAAAAAGAAAAUAACACUCAUUUAUCUCAAUUGUGGUGCGAUUAUUAUGAAAUGGAACACAUUUAUGGUGAUGAUAAACAUUGUCGAAAAUUGUUAUACCGGGCAUUAAGCAAUUACAAGUAUAUGGAUCAACCGGAAGUGAUAUGUCAUUUGUUACUGAAACAUGAAGAAGAUUAUGGAACGUUAGAACAAUAUAAGCAAGCAAAACUGAAAACAAAUGAAAUAUUGAAAACGAUUCAUGUUCCGAAGAAGCAGCAACAAGAACAAAAACCAAGUAAAGGUAAACAACAACAGCAAAAACAGAAAAAAACACAACAAUCAAAUGCUAAACAGCCAAAACAAGAACGAAAGAAUCAGAAAAAAUCAAGAUCGUACGUUGAUAAUAACACAAUGGAUAUAACAGCAGCUACUACAACUGAAUCGAUUGAUGUUGAUAUGUCACCAUCAAAACAACAGCAACGUAAACGAAAGUUGUCUCCACAAGUUAGCGAAAGUAAUCACUUCACCCCAACAGUUCCGAAACCCGCAACCGUUGACAAUGACGUUUUUAAAAUUCCUGCUCUACCUGGACCAUCAUCUUCAUCUGUUCAAAAAAAAUUAAAGUCAAAUAAUCAACCUCAAACAACUACCACAUCAGCUAAUCAUCAAUCCCAACCACAUUCAGUGUCAGAUCUAAAUAGUUUAACAACCGUGUUCGUAUCAAAUUUACCCUAUGAUGUUAAUGAAGAUCAAAUUCAACAAGCUCUAUCAUCAGCUGGUAAAAUAAAAGAAGUACGACUGACUAAACAUUGGUCAGGAAAGUCAAGAGGAUUUGGCUACGUGGAAUUUGAAAAUGAACAUAGCUGUCGACAAGCAUUAAAAUUAGAUCGUACACUAGUCAAUGAACGUCCAAUGUUUGUUAGUCCAUGCGAAACGGAUAAAGACAAAUCAUUAGCAUCAUCGAAGUUCAAAUAUUCAACAUCAUUGGAAAAAAAUAAAUUAUUCAUAACAAAUUUACCAUUUACUAUUACAAAAGAACAAUUAUUGGAAAUAUUUUCAAAACAUGGACACGUCGAUGAUAUUCGUUUAGUAACAUUUCGUAGUGGAAAACCAAAAGGUCUUGCUUAUGUUGAUUAUGAUAAUGAACAAUCAGCAUCACACGCAAUUUUAAAUGUUGACGGAAUGACGAUAGAAGGCCAUUCAAUUAAAGUAGCUAUUAGUAAUCCACCACAAAGAAAACAACAACAACAACAACAACAACAACCAUUAUCAACCACUAAUUCGUUAUCAUUAGGAGGUUCAGCAAAAUCAUCGGGACCAAGAGGAAAAGGUUAUUCACAAAUCGCAUUAAUACCGAGAAAAGUAACACCUAAAACAACAACAGUAAAGCCACAAGCAAGCACUGCUACUACCACCACCACCACCACUACUACCACUACUGAGUCAGCGCUGACAAAUGCUGAUUUUCAAAAAAUGUUUAUUAAGAAUUAA